AUGAUACCUCUGAUCAUGUUGGCUAACCUGGUUCAUCAUUCAAGGCAAGUUGGGCAGCUUUUUGAGAAGGUGCAAGAUUACGAGAGAAUGUUAAGAUAUUUAAGCGGUGUGGUCGAUAUACGCACUGCAGAACAGAUUAAAAACUUACUGGAUAAGUAUAGUGUAGAUGUGGAUAGCGCAUCAACGAAUUCCCAUUCCACCCCGCAAAUUGAAACACCACAAGCCGCCGAUGAGCCAGCCUCCCUCGCCUCCAUUGACUCCUCCGAAGCGAUCGAUGUUGACGAAGAAGGCCAGAGCCAUGGCCUUACCUGGGAACCUCGCCAUCUCGAAGACUUAGUAUUCGCCCAGUCUGCGCCCUUCGCCGACCACGAUUAUCCGAACUUCGGAGAAGGCUCUUUUGAUCAACUGGCCUCGGCGGCAAAUGGUUCGGUGGAUGACAUGUGCUACCCAAAUGAUCCCACAAUCUACAGCUUCUACCCUUACACCAAUCACAGUCCGUGGGGAUGA